AUGAGCGAGCGACAACUCGGGGAUGUCGGUACCGAGAUGCAAUGGGAGGACGAGCACGUCAAGACGUGGGAUCUCGUGCUGGUGCCUGGUCAGUCGAGCGACUGGCAUCAGCACGCGAGGCCGUAUGUGUUCAUCGUGACCCGCCCCGGCAGGCUCAAGGCUGAAUACGACGAUGGAACGUCGUCGGAACGGGACUACACCCUCGGCGAAAUCGUACAGGGUCAAUGUGGAUCGAUCCACAGAGUCACCAACGUCGGGGACGAGCUCUACAGUAACUCGAUAGUCGAGAUUAAGCAGGACUGA